CAAAGAGGAAAUGUUGACAUGUGGGAUCAAAAGAAGAGCAAUGACACGCCUCCCGUUCACCAAGUUCCUUAUUAACGUUAGCAACGCCAAUCACACCUGCUCCCAGUCUUCUCCCCUUCCAGCUAAAUCUUUUUGCUUCUUCCGAAACGUUUCCUCUCUUCCCGCGGGGUUUUGGGGCUCGCGUUCUAGCUCUGCAACUCGUGAUUCCUUUUGGCGGUUCGGUGAAGUGAGAGGAAUGGCGAGCAUGGUCGUUUCAUCUCUCCAGAACUUGCAGAAUCCGGACUCCCUGUCUUAUCUAACCCAGAAAGAGGCUGCGGAGAUUGACGAGAUUCUCAUGGGUCCUCUUGGGUUUAGCGUCGAUCAGUUGAUGGAAUUGGCUGGGUUGAGUGUUGCAACAUCAAUAGCAGAGGUCUACAAAUCAAGUGACUACAGUCGUGUUCUUGCCAUUUGCGGUCCAGGAAACAAUGGUGGUGAUGGCCUGGUAGCUGCUCGCCACCUACAUCACUUUGGAUAUAAACCAUCUGUUUGCUAUCCAAAGCGUACUUCAAAGGCACUUUAUACUGGUCUGGUUACUCAGCUUGAAUCAUUGUAUAUCCCCUUCUUAUCUGUGGAUGACUUGCCAGUGGACUUGUCAAAUGACUUUGACAUUCUUGUGGAUGCAAUGUUUGGAUUCUCAUUUCAUGGUACACCAAGGCCACCUUUUGAUGACCUAAUACAGAGGCUGCUUAGCUUGCAAAGUCAUGAUCAGACACGCCAGAGAUCGCCUGUUAUUGUAUCUGUAGAUAUUCCCUCUGGGUGGCAUGUGGAAGAAGGAGACGUUAGUGGAGAAGGCAUCAAACCUGACAUGCUGGUUUCAUUGACAGCUCCAAAACUGUGUGCCAAGAAGUUUUGUGGUUGCCACCACUUUCUAGGUGGCAGAUUUGUUCCACCAUCAAUUGCAGAUAAGUAUAAGCUUUGCCUUCCACCAUAUCCUGGUACUUCUAUGUGUGUCCGGAUUGGGAAACUUCCUUCAAUUGACAUAUCAUCUCUAAGAGAGAACUAUAUAUCUCCUGCAUUUCUGGAGGAUCAUGUUGAGCCUGACCCUAUAGAUCAGUUCCAAAAAUGGUUUGGUGAUGCAGUGGCAGCUGGCUUGCGGGAGCCAAAUGCUAUGGCCUUGUCAACUGCCAACAAAGAUGGAAAACUUUCAUCGCGAAUGGUAUUGCUAAAAGGAGUUGAUAAAGAAGGUUUUGUCUGGUAUACCAAUUAUGGAAGCCGGAAAGCACGUGAACUUUCUGAAAACCCCCGUGCAUCACUUCUUUUCUAUUGGGAUGGUCUUAACCGCCAGGUGAGGGUGGAAGGACCUGUUCAGAAAGUUUCUGAUGAGGAAUCUGAGAAUUAUUUUCACAGUCGUCCUCGUGGAAGUCAGAUUGGGGCAAUAGUUAGCAAGCAGAGUACUGUAGUUCCUGGGAGGCAUGUUCUUCACCAAGAAUACGAAGAACUGGAAGCCAAAUUUUCUGAUGGAAGCUUGAUUCCCAAACCCAAGCACUGGGGAGGAUACAGGCUCAAACCAGAGGUCGUUGAGUUCUGGCAAGGCCAACAAUCCCGCCUACAUGAUAGGCUACAAUACUCUCUCAAGGAGGUUGAUGGAAAACAGAUAUGGAAAAUUGAACGAUUGGCCCCAUGACUAGUAUUUUCAGCAUCUUCUUUAUAAUUAUCAUUUUAAUCCAUUAAAAUUCAAGUAUUUUCCUUCCGAAUAACUUGCGAGUGGAUAAAAUUCAAUGAUGCAAUUGCCGCACUUAGGGUGGUAAAGUACAAGUGGCGAUUUGAUUGGGUUGCGAUAACAAAUUAACAAUUGCUAUAGCACAAUUUAACAUUCUUAUCGUAACAAGUAUCGGUGCAAAUUUAGACA